UCCUACCCCCUCUGUCCACCCCCUCCCUCUCUUUCUCCUCUUGGGGUUGUAAAUAAGCUUGGAUUGUGUACAUCCCUGAGGAGUCCUCCCUCAUCUGCACUUCCUCACUGCUGCAACCCUUGCUGACUCCCCUGCCCACCCAAACUCCACUGCUUAUGCUGCUUAAGAGGGCCAAGGAGAUGCUCAGAUGAUCCAUUGGUUUAUUCUGAGCCCACAUCGUCUGCACUUCCCUAGACAGGGAAGAGUAACUAGUGCAAGUGUGAGAAAACCCUUGGAGGGAGCUGUGAGCACCCUGUGAGGCCCGCCCGCCAAGCCUGGCAGAAAGCUUGGCUUGUCCCUUUCCUCCUGUAGCCCCUGAGAUGCCCUCCCCUCUAAAUGAUGGAGAGGAUCAAGGAGCGUCCCCCGUGAACAGGCCAUCUGUGGGCCCUUAUCAGAGCAGCGGGAAGAGGAAGGUGCACACCAAAAAGAAGAAAGGCACCAUCACUGCCAACGUUGUUGGCACCAAAUACGAGAUUGUUCGAAUUGCCAUCAAUGAAAUGGACUUCAUCAAGACACGUGAUGAUGAUGAGACUGCCAACCUCAUCUGGAAUGACUCAGCUGUGCAACAUGAGAAAAUCGCUGAGCUCAGGAACUAUCAGAGAAUUAACCAUUUCCCUGGCAUGGGCGAAAUCUGCCGGAAAGACUGCCUUGCAAGAAACAUGUCCAAAAUGAUCAAGUGCCAGCCUCAAGAGUACAGCUUCAUACCCAAAACCUGGAUCUUCCCUGCUGAGUACACUCAGUUCCAGAACUAUGUGAAAGAGCUACGCAGGAAACGCAAGCAGAAGACCUUCAUUGUUAAGCCUGCCAAUGGCGCUAUGGGUCAUGGGAUCUCGCUUAUCCGUAACUGUGAGAAGCUGCCAGCCCAGGAGCACUUAAUCGUUCAGGAGUACUUGGAGAAGCCCUUUCUCAUGGAGGGCUAUAAGUUUGACCUACGCAUCUACAUCCUGGUCACUUCCUGUGAUCCACUUCGUAUUUUCCUUUACAAUGACGGCCUGGUACGCAUGGGCACAGAGAAGUACCAUGCGCCCAGCGAGGCUAACCUGAGCCAGCUCUACAUGCAUCUGACAAACUAUUCAGUCAACAAACACAACGAGAACUUUGAGCGAGACGAGACAGUGGACAAAGGCAGUAAGAGGUCUAUCAGUUGGUUCACCGAGUUCCUCCGCGUCAACGACUAUGACGUGGCCAAGUUGUGGGGCGAUAUCUCAGAGCUGGUGGUGAAAACACUGAUAGUGGCCGAGCCCCACGUGCUGCACGCCUACCGCAUGUGCCGCCCUGGCCAGCCACCAGGGAGCGACAGUGUCUGCUUUGAGGUGCUGGGCUUUGAUAUCAUCCUGGACCGCAAACUGAAACCCUGGCUACUGGAGAUCAAUCGAGCUCCGAGCUUUGGGACCGACCAGAAGAUUGAUUACGAUGUGAAGAAAGGGGUGCUGCUCAAUGCUCUCAAACUCCUGAACAUUCGGGCCAGUGAUAAGAAACGCAACCUGGCUCAACAAAAGGCAGAGGCUCAGAGACGGUUGUAUGGACAUGGCUCCAUAAAGAAACUUUCAGCAGCUUCCUCAGACUGGGAGAAACAGCGUCACACACUGGAACGAAGGAAAGAAGAGCUGAAAGAGCGGCUUGCACAAGUUCGCAAGCAGAUUUCCAGGGAGGAGCAUGAAAAGCAACAUCUGGGAAACUACAGACGUAUUUACCCCCCAGACGACAAGCUGCUGUUGGAAAAGUAUGAAAGCCUGCUCUCGGCCGCCUUUCAGACCUUCCUCGCUGGGCGAGCUGCCUCACUUCAAAAGGAAAUGAAUAAUCCUCUAAAACGAAUGAAGGAGGAAGACAUACUAGAUCUAUUGGAGCAAUGUGAAUUGGACGAUGAGAAGCUGAUGGGCAAAUCCUCCCGGCAACGAGGGCCGAAGCCCUUGACUGCCAUGCCAGAAUGCAGCCAGACGCCAAGACGUCAACGACCAGACUACCUAGCUGAGUUCACCAGCGGCAGCAGUGCCGAUAAUUCCUGCUCCUCAUCAGAUGAAGAGGAGGAUGAUGGGAGAAAGGCAGGAGGAGGAAGAAGUGGAGAGAAGAGAGGGGAGAAGAAAGUUUCCUAUGAUCUUAGUGAAAGCAAGGAGAAGAACUUGGCUGAGCGCUCAGGUCGCAUCCAUUGGAAACCUCCAAUCAAGUCACUGAAAAUCAGCACUGCCCCGUCUGCGUCACCAACGCUUUCUGGUCCAAUCAGACGCUCCAUUUCCUGCCCUCGCUCUAUUGCAUCCCUUUCGUCACCCAUUGAGAUGCGAGCAUUGUCCACCAGGCCCUCUCCUACAGUUCCCAUGGCCACACCUCUUGUCAGGCCGAGCUCAGCUACGCUUCGCUCUCAUUCACUGAGUCGCAGCGGCUCCGCCCAUCGUGUGCCUCACAGCAACAGCCUGGGAACCAUCCACUCUAACAUAGGUGAUCCGCUGAUUAACCUGAGGAGCAAAGAGCAGGAGGCUGAGCUGGUGCGUCAGACCCUGGCAGUGCUCACCGCCAUGCGGAUCCGGUUUCCAGGCAAAACUGAAGAAGAAGCCGAAGCUGUGCUGGAUGAGAUCCUCGACAACUGGAAAUACCAUAAACCAAAGGUGGCUUCCUACUGGCUGGUGAAGUUGGACUCAACCAAACAGCGGAAGGUGUUGGAUAUUGUUCGUACGAAUGUGCGCUCGGUGCUGCAGAGGAUCUGGAGAGAGCCGGAUGUAGAGAAUCUCCAUCUCUAUCGACUUUUUAACCGUGUUUUCAACCGACUGCUCUGGAGCCAUGGCCAGGGCUUGUGGAACUGCUUUUCCAACACUGGUUCUUCAUGGGAGACCAUCUUCAGCAAGAGUAGUGAGGUGGUGUUACCCCAGGAGCUGCAGUGCUGCCGCCGGCUGGUCCAGCUGUGCAGGGACUGCCUGUUGGUUGUCUACAAGUUUGUAUCUGAGUCCCGGGGCUCUCUGAGUGGACUCAGCCCAGAAUGGGAUGACACCAGCUUACCAUUUGCUGCUGGACCAACUUCAACCCAUGGCUCCUCUCCUGCUGCUGUCGCUGCUGCAUCCUCUUCCUCCACUUCUUCCGUCUCUUCGCCCCUCGACGCAGGUACUGGAACGCUGUUAGCAGAAGCUGCCUCACUGCUCUGUCUCGGUGGAAGGUGUCAUAGAAAAGUCUUAGAAAGGUACCUGCUGCCAGUGACCUCCCAGUUCAUUAUGAAGUGGCCUUCGUCCAGCUUUGGCCACAUCUCCUCAGCUGUGCCACGUUCCCGCAGCCUUUUUGCCACCAGGAUGGACCACUUCUGAGGUCACCGUGGCAACCCUGUCUCCUGACACCUCGCCUUUUGACCUCAAUGCCCUGUCUCACAUGAUUUUUACCUAGCCAAACCUAGAUCUUAGUAAUCUCGGCAUGGAUCUGAAUUCUGGAUGCCAAAUCAGGCCUCAAUCUUGCACAGUCGCCUUGUGGAAGAUCAACAAAGCAACACUGGAGGAUUUGGGAUUACUAAAGGGUGUUGCACAGUUUAGUUUAGUUUGGGCCGGACCAGCAUACCACCGGUAUCCUCCAUCUAUUCCUUCAUUCCUUCAACCACAGCAAUAUCAUUCAAUGGGUUCACCUCUUUGUUCUCAUUGUAAUUGCUGUAUCAUAUUUCAUUGUACAGUUACAAGUCAUGGUACUGUAAAAGGAAAAUAAUAACAGAUAUUAAAUAAUGCAAGGAUUAUUUAUUUCUAUACUUAUUUAUUUUGUUAGGUUAUCCCAUGAAUGCAGUGAAUGCUGGUGCAGAAUGCAGUUUUGGAAUAUCAACUAAGCUUUUUUCCUCAUUUGAAUAAGUGGAUGCUGAUUUUUCCCAGCUGUAAUCAAUUAUUUUAUUGCUUUAUUUAGAUUUUAAUUUAUUUCAUAACUUAUAUCAAAGGCUUUAUGUUAAUAACAGUCACUUUAUGUUGUUUUUGCAGUUCAGGUUAAUGGAAAAGAGGUAAAUCAACUCAAAACAUUUUAACUUUUGAAUGCUAAUGCUUCUCAUUUUAGUUGUGUGAUAUUAAGUGCAGCACUAUUAGGUGGCACAAUGUUCAGAAUGUCAUUGUAGUGAAGCCAAGCCUUUUUGCGUUUUAGAGCACGAGCUGACUUGAAUGCCACAGCGUAAAGAGCCAAGCCCUUUCAUAGAGCGACCACUUGUUUCUAAUAUGCACUUUGCAGUUUGUCCCAGAAAGAGAACGCGGCUGCACAUUAGUAGAGUCUGCAUGUCUAGACUUUAGCCUCUUUAGACCCAGAUGUAGUGGUUAGAAUGAAGAGCUGCAUUUGGAAUAUACUUGAAGUUUUGUGUCGUCAUUAAUCACUGUGUCACUGUGAAGAGGACACUUCACUUCAGCAUUUUGUCGUCUUGAGUACAGAUGUUUUAGAGACAACAGGGAUGUGUAUCAUGGUUCAGAAUGUUCAGCACACUGAAUGACUUGGUUCAUUAUCUCUUACGUACUGUAUCAGCAGUGAUUUGCCGGGGAUGAGCAGCUGCAGCCUUUUCUGCCUGCUGCAGGACAGGUACAAGUGCCAGGGGUAUCAUGGAUGUGCCAAAAAUAGGCACAUCUACUACACAUGUUCAGUUGCAUUUUAUUUUAGGCUACAAUGUCACGGCCUUCUGCAGGACCUCACUUUAGAUAUUAAAUGCUGAUAGGGAGAAAUGCAGUGUUAAAUAUUAGUAGUUUACUUGCUGUGUAUAAUUUAAAAGAUGGUAGUCUGUACGGAACAGUACAGUAUGCAUUUUAUAACAGUUUUAACUAACAAGUGUAGCAGCAAUGCUGUGCUAAAACUGCUCAAAUCUCCCUGCAUUUUCAUUUUUUUUCAUGCCAAAAAAAUGUUUUUUUUGCUUUUCAUUUUAUUUGUGUUAUUUUAAAGUGGUUCUUUUUCAUUGGAAGUAUGGGAUUUUUAAUUUAACAUAGCAAUAAAAUGUUGAAACAG